CAGUAACCGAACAAGUGCAUCUUCUGUCGCGGAGGGCAACACAAAUCGCCUUCAAGUCAAACGUCAAGAAAAGUCACGCCAAACACACCUAAUUCUCCACAAAACCUCCACAGACCCCUCAGAAGCAAGGAGAAGAGGUGCCCAGGACUCCCUCCCGGUAAUUACAACCUCCUCCACGCCCGCAGAGAGCGAAAGAAGCCAUGUCCAGCAAGCGCCGAGCACCAGCUGACUCGACGAAGAAGAGCGACAGCAAGAAAUUGAAGAAAGAGGAGAAGCCGGACGCCAAGGAGAAGAAACCGAGGGAAGAGAAAGCCAAGAAAUCGCCGGAGCUAACGUACUGCGGCGGUCCCUACGAGCUCACGAAGCCUCUGCCCAAGAAGAACAAGAAGGGAGAGCUGGUGUUCGAGGACGAGCCGGAGUUCAGGCCCAACUUGACCCCCAAGGACGUCCUUCAAGGGGGAAGCUUCGGGGGCACCUACUUCAGGCCGAUCCGGUCCAGCGUCACGGGAGAAUCUUACUCGGGAGUAUGGAAGGAGUUGCCCAAGGACUGGCUUGAGGGCCUCAGCAUAGGCAAAACGGUUUCAUCCUCAAUAUACGAUGAGAAAGUCAACAAAUACAAAGCCAAGUGCGGUGGAUCGCUGGAGAUGUGGGAGGAGAGCGGAUGGAUGCACAAGCAAGACCCAUACGGAUGGUUCAUGUGGUAUUGCAGGUUCUACCAAGGACGACGCACGGAGGACGAUGAGAGACAGGUCAGCCGUUGGAAGAAGUGUGCUGGAGUGAAGGGGAGAUGGCGCAACAACCUCAUUACCAAGAUUGUCCGAUCAGGCUGCUCGUAUGACAAUCCAGGAGUCUCACCUGUUGUGCGCCAGACUCUCUUUCACUGGGCGUACGAACUCACAGAAGACGACUACAAGAUUGGGGCCAAGAGGGUGAAAGUCUAGUCGGAUUCCAAAGAAAUCGGAAUGAAGUGUGUAUUUUUUUAACGGAAAGGUAUCGGGCAGCAACAGGGAUGACUUGGAAAGAGAGAAAACUUAUGUGCCUGGUUUGCUUUACGUGUAUUUUUUAGUUUAUGUCGAGUCGUUGUUGACAGUACAUAAAUGUGUAUUUAUUCCUGUCCCAUUAUCUUCCUUUAAUGAGGAUGUUUGUGUUAUGCAAAUGUUGAAUUUACUUCAAUAAUUUUGACCUUUGGGUUUCUAAGAUAAGAUGGCUAUUGGUGAUUUAGCCUAACAUCUUGCAAGAAUAAAUUAUAUUUUUGUA